AUGUAUUCCGUUUCACGCUUCGCGAGGAGGUUCUUUGGGACGCUCGCUUCUUCUCCGGCGACGACGAUUCCCAGCGGCGAAGCUUCUGCUUCUGCUUCUGUUUCUGUUCCGAAGACGGCGAAAAAACAUCAAUCAGUGUACAAUAAACUCUCGAAGCUUGGUACAACGAGAGUGAAAAUCGAAGAAACGCUUAAUCAGUUUAUCAUUGAAGGUAAUCCAGUCAAUAAACAAGAACUCAUUCGCUACGCUAAGGAUCUUCGCACGUAUCGUCAACCUCGACGGGCCCUCGAGGUCUUUGAGUGGAUGGAAAGAAAGGAAAUUGCUUUUACUGGUAGCGAUCACGCUAUUCGUUUGGAUCUUAUUGCAAAGACUAAAGGCUUAGAGGCUGCUGAAAACUACUUCAACAGUCUAGAUCCCUCCACCAAGAACAAGUCGACUUACGGGUCGCUAUUGAACUGCUACUGCGUGGAACGCGAGGAAGAGAAGGCAAAGGCACAUUUUGAUGAAAUGAGUGAUCUCAAUCUUGUGAGUGGUUCUUUGCCGUUUAAUAAUCUGAUGGCUAUGUACUUGCGGCUAGGUCAACCCGAGAAGGUACCUGAGUUGGUUGUUGCAAUGAAACAGAGGAGUAUUCCCUCUUGUGAUAUCACUUACUCUAUGUGGAUACAAAGCUGUGGAAGUUUAAAUGAUUUAGAUGGAGUAGAGAAAGUUCUAGAGGAAUGGAAAGCGGUCGGUGAAGGUCGUUUCUCUUGGGAUACAUAUGCUAAUCUGGCAGCAAUCUAUGGUAAAGCCGGUCUCUACAGUAAAGCGGAAGCAGCGCUGAAAUCUUUGGAGGAGAAGAUGAAUCCUCACAGGCGUGAUUCCUUUCAUUUCCUCAUUAGCUUGUAUGCUGGGAUUUCAAAUGCUUCCGAGGUUUAUCGAGUUUGGGAUUUGCUAAAGAAGAGACACCCUAAAGUCAACAAUUCAAGCUGUUUUACAAUGCUCCAAGCACUGAGUAAACUCAAUGACAUUGAUGGAAUCACGAAAAUCUUUACAGAGUGGGAAUCAACAUGCUGGACUUACGAUAUGAGGCUCGCUAAUGUAAUGAUUAACAGCUACCUAAAACAUAACUUGUACGAAGAAGCCGAGGCUGUUUUCAACGGUGCAAUGAAAAAGUGUAAAGGUCAAUUCUCAAAGGCUAGGCAGCUUUUGAUGAUACACCUGUUGAAGACUGAUCAGGCGGAUUUGGCUCUAAAGCAUUUCGAAGCAGCUGUUUCGAAUCAAGACAAGAACUGGACUUGGAGCUCAGAGCUGAUCCGUUCGUUCUUUCUCCACUUCGAGAAAUCCAAAGAUGUUGAUGGAGCAGAAGAAUUCUGCAAAACCUUGUCGAAUUGGAAUCCUCAAGAUUCUGAAACUUACACUCUUCUUAUAGAGACUUACAUAGCUGCAGAGAAAGCUUGCCCCGGUAUGCGAAAGAGAUUAGAGGAACAAGGGAUCGAAAUAGACGAAGAAAUGGAAAGUUUGCUUACCAAUAUUUCCCCAUGA